AUCUAUGUGAAGCAGCAGGACCGUGUCGUUGGCAUCACUCAGGAUGUGCAGGUGGCCAAGAUGAGCCUGAUAGACCUCGCAGGCUCGGAGCGAGCAUCAACCACCAACACAAAGGGAGAGCGGCUCCGAGAGGGCGCCAACAUCAACCGUUCACUGCUGGCCCUGAUUAACGUCAUCAACGCCCUGGCUGAUGCAAAGAGCAGGAAGUCCCACAUCCCAUACAGGGACAGUAAGCUCACACGCCUGCUGAAGGAUUCUCUUGGGGGCAACUGCCGGACCAUCAUGAUUGCUGCCAUCAGCCCGUCUGCACUCGCCUAUGAGGACACCUACAACACACUCAAGUAUGCCAAUCGGGCCAAGGAGAUCAAGCUGUCGCUGAAGAGUAACGUGCUGAGCCUGGACUGCCACAUCACUAAAUAUGCAGCUAUCUGUGAACAGCUGAAAGCAGAG